UUGAAACAUGCAGACAUUUUAGUCAUACCAAAUGGACGAACACCCGUGUAAAUUGUUUGUGAAAACAACGUGAAACGCAAAAGUUCACAACGGGAAUCGAUCGCUCUCGGAACAAGAGGAUGUUUGCUAGAGCAUUCAACCACAAGGUUUAUUUUCCUUCGAGGGGUCUUCCAGAGAGAGGACAUUCUCGCUCCAUGUUUACCUGCGAACGAAAACGAUCGCCUCAGUAGUUAUCUCAUGGCUUCACGAUGAACGCUGCCGAUCGGAUAAACCUCUGUUAGAGCGUGCGGUAAACAUUUUACAACGCGAGUGAAUAAAUGAAACUGACCUAAUGAUGGUUGGCUAGUUAUCACGGCGCCAGAGUAGUGGAAUUUUCACAGAUGUAACUGACACAAGUUCAAGUUGAUUUAUUGCCCGCUUCCGUCGCUUGUGAAACGCAGAUUACAUGUGUAUUACUUUUCAUUAAUUGCGGAGUUUAACGAGCUAUUUGGAAAAUGAUGCGCUCCUCUACGCGAUCACCGGUGAUUUUGCUGCUAUUUUUGUUAACGAUACCCAAGUUCUCAAAACCCUGUAUUCAGUUGCUUGAUGGGUGGAAGCAACUAAGCCCAGGAGAGCGCGCUAAACUUGUCAAAGUGGUGUUCAUUGGGAAAGUGGUGAACCUCUACUCGUACGAUGCAACAUCGACACAUGCAGCGGAUUUCGAAGUAUGGAAAAUUCUCAAGGGAAGCAAAUUCGUUGAGGAGGUUUUAGAAACGCAGUCGUCCCCACUGGUGAAAGUUUAUGGCUUUGGCGAAAAGAUGAACUGUUUUUCGCCAGUAAAUCCAGGAGAAGUUCACAUGGUUUUCAUGGUGUAUGCGAAUGAGUCUCGCGCGCUCAUAGCCAGAUACGACGACAUCUUUGGGGCCACCGCACCGGCUACAGCCAAGAACGAGGAAGAGGUACUGCUGGCAUUGGGUUGGAAAACUUGGUCGAGCUGGAGUCGCUGCAAUAAAAACUGUGAUGGGGGUGAACAGUUCCGCACUAGGGUAUGCGUGAAUAAAGAGUGCGAUGGCAGCUCCAGAGAAUCAAGGAAGUGUAACGAGUUCGAGUGCUAUGGUUUAAAGGACAUAGCUCGACAUAUCCGAGAGGAUCAAAUUCCACCCCUUUCAAGACACGACAACAUAAAAGUAGAAAAUGGAGUCAUCAAAUCCAUACCUGUUUCAAAAGUGUUUAGGUAUUACAAUUACUUCCCCGAUGACUUUUCUAUGCUAUUUAGAUUUCGCGUCGUAGCACUUACAAACAUUUACCUAGUGGCUAUGUACGAUUACCGCAAAUCUUUGAGCUUAGGAGUAAGAAUCACACCAGAUCUGGUGAGUUUUGGAUUCGAGAAAAGCUCCCUCUUUCAAUUUCGCGGAUGGUCGCUGGACUUUCCUGUGAGAGUAAAAACAGAUUACUGGCACACCCUGGGUAUAAGUAUCCAGGAACGAAAUGUCACGGCCUAUUGGGACUGCGCGAGGAUUGGGUCCAAGACCUUACGGGAGAAGUUUACUCUCGCUAUGGACGCCAUGGAUAAAAUAAGCAUCGGGGAACCAGUGCUUGUAUCGUCCAUAGAAAGAUACGAGAUUGAGAUUAGCGAGUUGUACUUCGUCCCAGAUCCCGGUGCAUCAAGACAACAGUGCGAUCCUCCAAUAUUCAAACCAGUCUUUCACACUCACGAAAUAGAAGGUAGCGGCGGAGUCAGUGCCUCGGAGAUAUACGGGAAAGAAGGCUCUGGUACGCCAAAUUAUGUUGAUGAUCCUGAAAAUGAAGUGGAGAUCUCUUGGUCGGAAUGGUCACCAUGCUCCAAGACUUGUGGUAAAGGGAAAAGGAUGCGCGUGAUGAUGUGUGAUAUGGAAAACAGAUUCUUCGAUGACAAAGGUCAGCCAACAUUAAAAGACGAAUGCUUUAAGGCCAUCCAAACCUUUGAGGAAAAAGAAUGCUACUUGCAAGACUGCCCAGCCCAGUGUGAUCGUUCUUGUUUAAAUGGCGGAUUCUGCAGCGGUCGAAAUAUAUGCCGCUGUCAGCCAGGUUACCAUGGUGACGUCUGUGAGAAAGUGGAAUGCAAGAUUCACUGUCGCAAUGGCGGCACUUGCGUAGGACCAUAUAAGUGCAAAUGCCCGUCUGGAUAUGGGGGAACACAAUGCGAGAAAGUGCUGUGCAAUCCACCAUGUCAAUAUGGUGGCAGAUGUGUCAAACCCAAUGUGUGUGAUUGUUUACCGGGUUUCGUGGGGCCGUAUUGCAGACUCUCCUGCAGCCCACACUGCUACAACGGCGGCGUGUGCGUGGGACCAAAUAAGUGUCGCUGUGCCAAGGGCUUCACUGGUGAAUCCUGCCUCCAAGCAAUAUGCAAUCCGCCUUGCAUGAAUUUUGGUGUGUGCUAUAAGCCAAACACAUGCUCAUGUCCUUACGGCUGGCACGGAAAGAGGUGCGAAAAAGCGCAAUGUUAUCCGCAUUGUCGAAAUGGUGGGACCUGUUGGAGGAGAAACACUUGCCGUUGUCCACAAGGAUAUUAUGGUAAUUACUGCGAACACAGUCUCGCGAGAAUCAAUAAACAUGAUGAUAAGAAGAAUUUCCAAGAAAAGCUCCUUCAAUUUCCCAGAGGAAGAAGAUUAUAGAAUCUUUAGGUUUAACCUUUUACAACGAGAAUCAUUGAGCAUAAUGUUAUGACGAAUUUCCAAGACAAACUUCUUGAAUUUCCCAGAGGAAGAAGAUUAUAGAAUCUUCAAGUUUAACUUAUGCUUCCCCAAAAAGGAAGGAGAUUUUUCCUAGAAGGUCUUGGCAUUAGAGAUACUUUUAAAAUGUUGGAUUCAAAAAUGGCCCGGAUAGGUUUACGAAGGCGUCCGCCACAAAACUUACUUCUUCUUCUUUUUUUGCGUGACUACGUGACACUUAAUUCCUUGCAUGACAGCUUGUAACUUCAAUACGCGUUUCCCCUAAAUAAUUGUCGCUUAAUUAUCAGAGAUACUAUCUAACUAAGAGCGCUUGUAUAUAUAUAAAUAUAUAUACUGCCAUUUGGUGGCUUCGUAUGUUAUUCAUUUCUGCAAUUAGAGUUGUAAAUAGUCGCAAAGGUACGUCUUGAAACGAACUGUCCGACUUUUUGUUUGGAACUAAAACACUUUUAGUUCAGUUGCAUCCUUGGGUAGCGCUGAAUUGCGAACAUCAAACACAAGUUCGUUUGUUUUGAAAUAUCUCUGUUAUGGAGGAAAAUAAAGUGAAGCACAGUUUACUGUUGUUGCCGUUGACG